GUCGACGAGUCGUUAUCACCUGCAUGCAUGGCUGCACUCCACGCGUCAGUCGCUGUACCGGAAUCCAAAACCACAUAACAGCUUCUCCUCCCUCUAAUUUACUUUCAAUUCCGCCGUAUAACGCAGAUCCCCUUCCCAGCUCUGUCAAAGCAGUCUCAAUCAAAUCCAGAAUUCGACGGCGGAGCUAGCGGCGUUUUGUACCUUGGUCUCUUACUCUCCCGGUGAUGAUUCAGGUUUAGUUCAAUAAGCUCAAUACUGGACCAAUCUAGUUCAGAUGCCAGGCCCUGAGUUUCAUUCCAGCUACAAAGAUGAUGGUGAAAUAUCAAUUGAUGGCAAUUACUUGAGAGAUACUGACUACUUGGGAGACGUAGCUAGCUUUUUCGCAUGAAGUAUGUAUUUCCAUGAGACUGACAAGGACAUAAUUUUCUUUCCUGCUUUAAUAUCAAGUGGGUGGGUAUGUAUGCCAUCGGUCAAGCAAAAUGAAAAUUUUAGUGUAGUUGGGCAGAAAGGGAAGAAUGGAACCAUUUAUCCCAAGUAAUGCUGACUCUUCUCGCAGAGAUAGGAGAAUAUGUAAGCCUAAUCGCAGGUAUAUUGAUGACUCAUCAGAUCUUAAUUCAACAAUUGUCAAGAGAAGGAAAGGGACUUCUACUUCUGUGUCAAGGAAUAAGUGUCAAAGUGUCAAAUAUAAUAAGAAACCAAAUCCAGAAUCUGUAGAACUAAAGUCUAUUCCAAGGGAUACUUUUGAUGCUAUACAAGUACCCUUUGGUCCACUUGUACCCGAAGAAUGUGAUAAGAAGAUUAAUUCUGAUGUGGAAGUGAGGUUAACAGAGGUUUCUUGUCUUGGCCGCUAUGAGCAUGAAAGAAAGUAUGCAUCUAAUGUGAUGAAAGUGAAGUCAACUGAGAUUUCUUGUCUUGGCCUCAGUGAGCAGCAUUAUAGGGAGUAUGCAUCGAAUGUGAAGCAGGAAAAAUUUAAACACUUAUCAUCUAUUGACACUGAUCUGUGUUAUAAGAAGCAUUCAACGAAUGUAAAGAAGGCAAAGAUGAACUAUUUAUCAUCUUUUGGCUCUGGAUUGUGUGAUAAGAAGCAUACAACCCAUGUGAAGCUGGUAAAGCUGGACAACAUCUCUUUUACUUCCAAAGAAUGUUUUAAGAGGCAUUCGCCCAAUAUGAAUCAGGUUCUGAAUUUUCAUGAAGAAAUGCCAAUGGUUGCAACAGAAUAUGAUGGUGCAAUGACCGUGAUAUCUGAUGGGGAUAAUGCUCGGAGGAAGCACCACAGGCUUUGGACUAUGUCAGAAGUCAUAAAGUUAGUUGACGGUGUUUCACAAUGUGGAGUUGGAAAAUGGAGUCAAAUAAAGAGGCUCUACUUCUCGUCGUCCGACUAUAGGACACCCGUAGAUCUCAAGGCGAGAAUCCCUUUAUCAGCUGUAGUAUAAUAGACAAAUGGAGGAAUCUUUUAAAAGCAAGCCAUCUUCAGGAUCAGAGCAAGAAAGGGGACAAGGGAAAGCAUAGCUUUUCCUGGCGCCCCUUACCAAAGUCCAUCCUGAACCGAAUUGAAGAACUGGCAGACAUUUAUCCAUAUCCAAGAAACUGGAAACCCAAGGCUUAAGAAUGUGCGUCUAUGUAUAAAUCCUCUUCUCACAUUCUUUUAAACAAAGCUAUCUGAGCAACAUCAGUGACAACUGAAGGAUGCACAUAAAAUUGGUAGGUGACUUCAAGGAUGAUUUUAUAUCGGCUGGUUCAGCCCCCUUAAUCCUACGGUUUUCACAAACUGAAACAGCCUUUUGUCAUCGUGAGUCGUGUGCAUAAAAUUCAAAUUUCAAAAGCUUUGCAUGUAGGGAAUAGUGCAAUUUGGUAUUCUGCUCUUUCCAAAUGUUGGUUUUUAGCAUCUGAAUCUUUACUCGUGUACAUAUUAUGAUUAUUCAUGCUUACUGAACUCUUUAUAUUCAACUUGCUAUAG